GAGAUGAUUAGUAUGUACAGCUUGCAUGAUAAUGUCUGGUCGUAGAGUUUAUACACUGAGCGUGAGCAUUGGAUACCGGCCUUCUUGAAAAAUGUAUUUUGGGCUGGAAUGAGUACAACACAGAGGAGCGAGAGCAUGAAUGCCUUCUUUGAUGGUUAUGUUCAUGCUAAGACAAAUUUAAAAGAGUUUGUCGAUCAGUAUGAUAAUGCCUUGAAAAAGAAGAUUGAGAACGAAAAUUGUGCGGACUUCCAGUCAUUUAACGUCACAAUUCCCUGCAUCUCGAGAUCUCCAAUUGAAAAGAGAUAUCAACAGCUGUACACAAAUGCUAAAUUCAGGGAAGUUCAAAUACAACUUACCGGCAUUAUUGACUUGGACCCAGUUUUACUUAAAGAGGACGGUACAGUGAAUACCUAUCUGGUAGAGGAUGAAGUUCAUCUCGAAGAUUUCACUAAGCUGGUUACACAUUCAGUGGAUUUUAGUGAUGACGAUGCAGUCGCCAAGUGUUCUUGUGGUUUAUUUGAAAUGAGGGGGAUAGUAUGCAGGCACAUCAUCGCCAUCUUCAAAUGUAACGGGAUUAAGACAAUACCAGAUAGGUACGUGCUGGAUCGAUGGAGGAAAGAUAUCAAAAGAAGAUACACGUUGAUCAACAGUAGAUAUGACGCAGGUGAUCAACGAGAAGAUGCUAAUAGAUAUUCAAGUCUGUUGAAUAUCUGUUAUAAGAUGAUUACUUGUGCGGCGAGUUCGAAAAAGCAUACUGAGGAUGCAACGACUAAGUUACAUGCGAUGAUUGCAGAGUAUGAAGCGAACCAAGAACCUCUAUCGAUGACUGAGAAGUGUGGAAAUGUUGAUGCCGCGACAAAGGACACAUCGACAUAUGGUAGUUCAACAAAAGUACUCAGUCCACUUGUUGUGCGAGGAAAAGGCAGACCCCCAUCUCUGAGGAGAGUAUCCAGGAUGGAGAGAGAACUGCGAAAAGUUAAGGAGAAGACGAAGAAAGCGCAGGGGAAGGGAAAACGCAAACAUCGAGAUGGGGAAGAGAAUCCAGUAGCAGACACUUGCAGGAAGCUAUUUGGCUCUUCCGAUUUGGACGUCUCCAAUGUUGGACACCUGCAGGAGGUUAAUGCAGAAAGCAUACCAGCUGUUGAGUUUAGUCAAACCCAGCCUCGAGAAACAGUACUUCAAAGUCAAGAAAGCAUGCAAUUUCGGUUUGAUGAAUCACAACCACAACAAUUAUAUGAUUAUUGUGGUCAUUUUGUCAUUCACCUUUGACUAGAACACACCAACAUAUUAGCGUAUGGAGUUGUUUGUUGUUUUUUUUCACUUGCCAACAAGCGGACACUUGCCAAGAAUGAUGGGUUUGUUCAUGUGCAAGUAGCAGAUACUUGCCAUUGAUUUUAUGUUCAUGCUUAAUUGCCCAACACUUAUUCUUAAUGCAAUUAAUAUUUCUAUCUUCUUCAUGUGCCCAAGACUCAUUAAUGCUUACAUACUAAAACCUGAAUGGAAAAAAGAAGAAGAAAAUUUGAACCAAGUUGCCUAUAUUGAUUUUAUUGAUGGCAUAUACUGUACCAAUAUUUAUUAGUAGUUUGUUUGGUCUUUGACAUUGAUUUUA